UUUUAGGCUUUAGGACAUCAAGAAUCGUACAGGUUGGCUCAGGAGACUAUCCAAGAUCCAACUAAGUCUAAUGAAGUGAAGGAAAUAGUAGAGAUGUUUAGCCGCAUUAAUACAGAGUCCAUGGCUGCUGCCUCUCUGGGGACGAUGUUGAGUUUCUCUCCCAAUUAUACACCACCGGCAGAGUAUGUUGAGCCGCCUACUGUGAAAAUGCCUCGUCACCAACGUCCUAAUGUACCAAGACCUGCGGCGCGUGGUAGAGGACGCCAAUCAGGUAACAGACGGGGUCGAGGUCCCAUGGAUCACCACUUGGUUGAUGAGGAAGAGGUUCAUUUUGAUCAAGAUAUGCCCAGCCCAACGAUGCCUGCAGCUGAUGAUGCAUAUUACCUAAUAAUAGAUUUUGGUAUGUCCUGCUCAUCGACGUCUGCUCCCGAGGUCCAAUCACCAGCGGUAAUCAGAAGUGAGGGGCCUUUUCAGGCAUUCGCAUCGUCUGAGCCUAUUAGCCUCGCAGUUAUGGCCCAACAGUUUGGUGUUCGGACGGGCAGCUCUUAUGGGAUGACUGAGGGGCCUUUACCUGCAUUCACUGGACAAAGCUCUUCAAUUGGGAGGAGACUGAGUUUUACCGACGAUGCGGGUGUGCUACAAGAGGAGGUUCACCAACGUAGAUCAAAACGAGAGCGCCGGCAAACUCAGUAUGGCACCGGGGGGGGGGGGGUGGAAAGGGACACUGCCAACGUUUUUGCAACAAAAUAUUUCAAUCUGGGGACCGUUGUUGAGUGGGAGCACCAAUCAACUACAAUGCAAGGUGAACACAUCUUCAAGUUUCUUUUCUGGGCUUAUAAACCAAGCAUCGAUGGAUUCAAAAGUUGCGGUUGUCAUCUCAAUAGCCGGUACUCAUUUGUACGGUUUUACAAGCAAACGUACAGUGAAAAUUUUUCACCGUUGGGUGAUGAGGCAUAUUGGCCACCUUCUCCCUUCGGUUAA